AUGAAUCCAAAGAAGGCUAAAGAAAUCGCUGAACGAAAGUAUUUCGAAAGAAUGCAAGAAUUCGAGGCACAGAAGAAAGAGACAGAGAUUGAAGAGAAGCGACAAAUCGAGGAGAAAAAGGCUGUCAUUACAGACGCUGUGCACCGACAGGACGAGGUGUUGGACGACUCGAAACUAGUGGACGCUAUGUUUGACUUUCUUCCGCGAACUGAUAACCUCUCCGAACACAACGGCCCGUCAGCCUUCAGGGAUCUCGAGAGACCUAACGGUGACCUCAACAACGAUUUGAUGGAAAAUGAGGGAAUGUUUCCACCCGUUCCUCACGAAGAGUUGGAGGACUUGUCUGAAUACAAAUUUCAGAAGUUUGCCACAACUUAUUUCCAGGGAAAUGUCGGCCAUCAGUAUCAACGAAAACCACUCAAACAACCCCUUCUACCUCUCCAGACACAAGGAGAUUGUAUGGCUUCAAUAGCACUUUGGAUUACUGUUUUACGUUUUAUGGGAGACUUAACUGAACCUAAAUUUCACACAAUGGGAAGAGUAAGUGCUGAUAAUACAUCUGUAAUGAGUAAAGUGACGGCAACUUUAGGUAGAAAUUUCAUUAAAAGUAAAGAGUUUCAAGAGUCACAACUAUUGGGUCUCGAAUUGGAGGCUGAGAGCAAACCCGUGAAGUCGCGAUCCAUUCGUAAUAAACUGGUUUCGCUUACACUGAAGAAGAAGAACAAACACUCACUUCUACACUCUGCUGCAGAAUUUGUUAAAUACUUACUGAACUUCAUAAGAGAAGGGCCUCCGGGUUACGCCCCUUAUUGUGAGGACAGACUGAGACGAACCUUCCGGAACGGGACUCGGGGUCAGCCGCCCUCGUGGCUGGAACUACAGGCAACCAAAUCCAAGAAACCACUGAUGCUUCCGAUCACUUUCAUGGACGGCAACACGAAAACCCUGUUGGCCGACUCGGCCACCACUGCCCGCGAACUCUGCGCCCAAUUGUCGGACAAAAUCAAUUUGAAAGACCAGUUCGGCUUCUCUUUAUAUAUCGCACUCUUCGACAAAGUCUCGUCUCUGGGAAGUGGUGGCGAACACGUGAUGGACGCUAUCUCUCAGUGCGAGCAAUACGCCAAAGAACAGGGCGCCCAAGAGAGGAACGCCCCCUGGAGGCUGUUCUUCCGCAAGGAGAUCUUCGCCCCCUGGCACGACCCCACCGAGGACUCGGUGGCCACCAAUCUUAUAUACCAACAGGUCGUACGUGGAGUCAAGUUUGGAGAAUACCGGUGCGAGAAAGAGGACGAGUUGGCUAUGAUUUCGGCCCAACAGUACUUCAUUGAGUUCGGCGAAGACAUUAAAACCGAUAAAUUGGUUUCAGUUCUUACAAACUAUAUUCCAGACCAUUGUCUCCAAACAAAUGACAAGAGUGUGGAGAAGUGGGCGAACCUGAUCAUCGCUGCCAACAAAAAGGUAUGCAUUCUUUAUACAAGCUAUUUCUAUAAAGAGAAAGUAUCGCAUCUGAAGAUUAAGGAGGAUAUCGUAGAGUACGCCAAAUACAAGUGGCCGCUCCUGUUCUCCCGUUUCUAUGAGGCGUUCCGAGUGAACGGUCCUAUUCUGCCUAAAAAUGAUGUGAUAAUUGCCAUAAACUGGACCGGAAUUUAUAUGGUUGACGAUCAGGAACAGGUGUUGUUAGAGCUCUCAUUUGCUGAGAUCACAGCCGCUGUCAGUCAGAAGACUGGCCGACCUUUUAUGCAAAACUUUACGCUAAACACUGUUAGAGGAGAAGAGUUCACAUUCCAGUCCCCGAACUCUGAAGAUAUUUGUGAACUCAUCUCAUUCUUCUUGAAUGGAUUGAAAAAGAGAUCCAAAUUUGUGAUCGCUUUACAAGACUAUAGAGGAGAGGGAUCGUCAGUGCUAUCAUUCAAUCAGGGAGACCUCAUGUUACUCGAUGGCCCCUAUUGUGGUGAUUAUGUUCUCAACAAUCCUUGGGUUUUAGCGAAGUUGGAGAAGAAUGGAGAAAAAGGUGACGUUCCCACUGAGUUUGUAUAUGUCUUGCCCACCACUACAAAGCCGGCGCCCAGUAUUCUAUCGGUGUUUAGUUCAGACAAUUUGGACGAAAACAGUCGACACCUCUUCAGCUAUCCUCAGGCCAAUGGAUUCGAUGCACACGAAAAGCCACACACUUUAGAGGAAUACUCUAUCGACCACUUCAGACCUCCGCCCAAAUACACUCUCCCGCGAACUCUCACCUUCUCUUCGGCCAGAAAGCGAAAUGUCGACCAAUUGUGGAGACAUUCGAGAGAACCGAUUAAACAACCGCUGCUUAAGAAGCUUUUGAACAAAGAAGACCUCAUCCAAGAGAAAUUCCUUAACUCCUUUGCACCAAUUCUUAAGUAUAUGGGAGACCUUCCGUCCAGACGUACCAGAAGUGGCAAUGAUUUAACGGAUCAGAUAUUUGAAGGACCGCUCAAAUUUGAUAUCUUAAGGGAUGAGAUCUACUGUCAGAUUAUGAAGCAAUUGACUGACAAUAAGAACAGAUUGAGUGAAGAGAGAGGUUGGGAACUGAUGUGGUUAUCGAGUGGUCUGUUCGCUCCGAGUCAGACAUUGCUUCGAGAGUUGACACUCUUUUUACGAACACGAAGACAUCCAAUAGCUAUCGAUUCACUGCAGCGCUUGCAUAAGACUUUGAGGAAUGGACAGAGAAAGUAUCCACCACAUUUAGUAGAAGUAGAGGCCAUUCAACACAAAACAACUCAAAUCUUCCAUAAAGUCUACUUUCCCGACGAUACCGACGAAGCAUUUGAAGUGGACUCGAGUACGAGAGCCAAAGACUUUUGUUUGGAUAUCGCACAGCGUUUGAGUCUACGAACUGCUGAGGGAUUCAGUCUUUUUGUCAAAAUAGCCGAUAAAGUGAUUAGUGUUCCCGAAGCAGACUUCUUCUUCGAUUUUGUUAGACAUCUCACCGAUUGGAUCAGAAAAGCCCGGCCUUCCAGAGACGGAUCUGUGCCUCAGUUUACUUAUCAAGUGUUCUUCAUGAAGAAGUUGUGGACGAAUACCGUUCCCGGAAAAGAUCGAAACGCAGACCUUAUCUUCCAUUACCACCAGGAAUUGCCAAAACUUUUAAGAGGUUAUCAUAAGUGCAGUAAAGAAGACGCCGCAAAAUUGGCUGCACUUAUACUGAGGGUUAGGUUUGGCGAAAGCAAAGCUGAAUUACAGGCCAUUCCAAAUAUUUUGCACGAAUUAAUACCUAUAGAUGUGAUCAAAACUCAGAGCCCUAAUGAAUGGAAAAAGGCAAUAGUAUCGGCACAUAAUCAAGAGAAUGGUGUUUCGUGUGAAAACGCUAAGAUAUCCUUUCUGAAGUACGUCUAUAAAUGGCCCACAUUUGGAUCAGCCUUUUUCGAAGUCAAACAAAACGGUGACACCAACUUCCCGGAACACCUGCUAAUAGCUAUCAAUAAGAAUGGUGUGAGUCUUAUCGACCCCGUGUCCAAAGAGAUUCUCGUGACCCAUCCAUUCACAAGGAUAUCCAACUGGAGUAGUGGUAACACAUACUUUCAUAUGACAAUUGGUAAUCUGGUCCGCGGCAGUAAACUCUUGUGCGAAACACCACUCGGCUAUAAAAUGGAUGAUUUAUUGACAUCGUAUAUAAGUCUAAUGUUAAGCAAUAUUAACAAACAAAAAGUUUUGACGAAUCGGAUUAAAUGA